GUGAAAAAGGCAUAAAUUUAUACAAUGUUUGUAAUGAUGUAAACAUACAAUGUUUGAGAGAUAUCGGUGUUAUUUAAUGACAUUAAUCAUCACAUAAUUAAUUGCUUAAGACAUUGAUUACAAUCAUAAAUAAAUAUAUUAAUUGUUUGACUAACGACUUACGUGUCAUAAUGUUGUCAUCAAUUUGUAGACCACUUCGACAGAUGACUUGUACUUUUAAUUCUUCAGUCGCGCGAAUUGUUUGUAAUUGUAGUAAUAAAAGACUGUUAUCACAGCAAGUGACCAAUGAAUCCACUGAUGCCACAGUUGGCAAUACAAAUGAGGUAUUGAAUGGACAAUCAAGACAUCGACCACGAAGAGCACUAUUGUAUUGUCCGGCCAGUGAUGACCGCAAAGUGGAAAAAGUGAAGACUAUUUGUAAUUCAGUGGAUUCAGUGGUUCUCGACUGCGAGGAUGGCGUCGCUCUCAAUAAGAAACCUGAGGCCAGACUCGGAGCUGUUAAGGCCAUUCAAACCAUUGAUUUUGGCCGAAGCGAGUGUGCAGUUCGUAUAAAUUCAAUGGACAGUGGCUUUGCUGAAGAAGAUUUAAAUGUUGUAUUUUCUGGUCAGAAGAUUCCGCAAACUAUACUCUUACCGAAAGUUGAGACCAAAGAGCAUUUGGAUUCAUUUUGUGAAAAAUUGGUCAAAGCAUUGGGCAAAAGGAAGACUGAAAUUAAUUUGAUUACAUAUGUUGAGAGCGCUAAGGGUUUACUUAAUCUUAAAGAUGUGGUCACUCAUGCCAUUGAAUUGUCUGAAUUUCAUUUGUUCUCAUUGGAGGCCAUUGUUUUCGGUUCCGAUGACUUUUGUGCAUCAAUUGGAGCCACCCGUUCUGCCGGUUCAUCCGAGACUCUAAUGGCCAGACAACAAGUAGUUGUUACGGCCAAAGCAUUUGAUUUACAAGCAAUCGAUGUCGUCUAUAUUGAUUUUAAAGAUUUGAAUGGUCUUAAAGCCCAAUCACAAGAAGGCGCCCGAUUAGGCUUUACUGGUAAACAAUGUAUACAUCCAUCUCAAGUACCAAUUAUUGAGGAAGCGUUUAGUCCGUCAUCUGAUAGAAUUGAUUGGGCGACGAAACUGAUCCAUGAAUAUCAAAAAUCUCAGAGCGAAGGAAAGGGAGCUUUUGUUUUUGAGGGACAAAUGAUAGACAAGCCGUUACUGUUGCAGGCAUUGAAUAUUAUUGAUAUUGCAAAUGCCAUCAAACAAAAAUAG